CUUCUCUUCACUGGAGGCACUUAGGGGAGUCGAAUGUUGUAUGAUAUUUGAUGCACUUUAAUGUACUGGAGCAUUGCCUAUCUUCGUGAUGAUAUUUUUUGAAUGACGCAUCUUGAUCUUCAAGGGAACAGGAUAGCUGUAUAUUACCUAGAGUCGCCCAGCCCCGCCAGCAGGUACUCGCCCGUUGAUGAUCCAUCUGGCUUCGAGGAAGAAGCAUUCGGCCGGAUUUCGGUACUUCCAAGUGCAGAGUUUGUUUUGUGGCUGCCUUUCCCGCAUUGUUUGACCCGAUUACGUCCUGAUGAAGCCGAGGACGAAGUUUCGCUGACUAGAAAACGAUUUCAUUCCUCAUCGAUUUCCAACACGUACCCGCUACCUACGUGCCUUUGAAGGUUAAUAUUGAUCGUGUUUGAUUACCUAGACGGCCUACGAGCAGCUCAACGUCGAGUCACCACCGGUGUUCAACAUCAACAAGGAGCAGCAACAAACAAAGUCGAGCACCAGACCGACAACAAGAUGAGGGGGGCUGUGCCUCUUUCGAAUUCGAAAAUGGUGGAUCGAGGUCGGUUCCCCAACUUGAAGUAUGACCCUUACGCCUCCCAACGAUACGUGCGGGAGGAGUCGCUGCCACGGUCUGUCCACAAGGGCGUCACGCUAUGGCACGGAAGGGUAUUUUUACUUCUUUGGAGGACAUGAUGAUCAAUAUCAAAUGUUCCUAAAGCGAAAGAAAUUGAAAUAGGAUGACGAUGAUGUUGAUGAUGAUCUGAAAAGCCGAUAACCUAAGCGGUAGUUUAUAACGAACAGCACCACUUCUAGAUCCCCUCGCUCAUUCAAGCUGCUCCUCCUCUUCCUACUUCAAGAACAGGGUUAAUAGUGUUGUGCCUCAUUUCAUUCUUUGGAGGACAUUAAACAUUUGUUCUUAGCGAUGAUUUUUGUAGAAUAUGUAUAUGAGAAUAUGCGACAUGAACGACGAGGGCUCACUCCUUAGUUCUUACUAGUAAUUUUACUACUUGAACAAGUAAAACUUUGUUGAGUGUGAUCUUGGCGAUCAACCAAGAAAGUAAGAGUUCUCGCCAUGUUGUUUUUGAAUAAAUAUGGACUAUAAUUAUAAUAGUCUUCCCCUGCAGGCCGCAGCAGACCCAAAUUUGCGGGUAACAGUCAAGGUCAGAGAUUUCGUCAAAGGGUUUAGCGACCAUGACACUCACGAACGCUGGAUACGGAACAUGAACGCGUUCUUGAUGCGAAAAUACUACUCACCACAUGUUGCGCUCGUAUACGAAAUCAUUUACGACGAUGAGAACUACUACAUGGUACAUUUAUUUCAUCUUCUUCGAAAUUAGGCCGGCUAGCCUUUUUAAAGAACCGAUGCAACCAGCAUGAUGUGUAUUCAUAUUGAAAUUAGAAGUAGCUGAUCUUCAAGAUCAUGUUGGUGAUCUUCUAUGUUUAUCUUGUCGUGCCGAUUUUCUUCUGCGUUUUUGACAUUUUUGCUUCCGACUAGGAGAUCUUUUAAGUAACCCAUAUUUCUACUUCUAGGUUAUGGAGCGCGUUGAUGGCAUGGAUCUGUGGGAGUAUAUAAGCAUGGAGCGUAAGCGUCCCGGGGUUAGCAAAAACCAUCUACAAGCGGUGCUCAAGCGCUACAUCAUGCAAGCAGCCUGCGGGCUGCGCGAUCUGCAUGCGGGCGGUAUUUACCACAAGGAUGUAAAAGCGGAGAAUAUGGUCGUCGGUCUACGAGAUCAGACGCACGGCGGCUUUCCACGCCUCAAGCUCAUCGAUUUUGAUACCUGCGAAUGCAUCAGCAACUGUUUCAAGCCCCACUGGAUCCUCGGAACAGGUAAGGAUCUUGGAUACAACGACUAGUCUGGUUAUUUCUUUAGGCGUUAAGUCAACUAAGAACUGCACAAAAACGGCCACUAUUGUCGCCUCCUCGUCCUGGAAGUGCUUCGCUUAGCGACGUUUGCAACUUGCUCUCUCUUGGUUUUUCUGUCUUUUGGUUUCGUUUCAUGUGAUUCCCCGCGCCCCUCCAGAGUCCACCGCGUCAGCCUGCAAGUGUGUGCUUGGGGAUUCUGGAGGGGCGCGGGGAUUUGGAGGGCGCCCGAGGUUCUUGGCUCGCAAUUGGGGGAAGGUUUUCCCGAAGGGAGCGCAGUAGGCGGCGAGUGUUCUGCGGAUUCGUAUCAUGCCCGGCAAGAUUGAACUUUGUCCGGAUUUUUGCAGUCCUUCGGUGAAUUUUCUCCAUAACGAUUCAUUGUCAUCGUGUUGGUGUAUAUGGUAUGUAUACUAUGCUUCGAUAUGGAGUUGGACUAACGUUUUUACGACAUCGGACUAAGUAGAUUCUUGAAGGACUACCUCAAUCUUCCUCGACGUAUUGUUGUAGACCCCUCAUGAUCAAAAUUCUACUUCAUCACAACAGAUCAUUACAUCGCACCUGAAGUGUACCACGGGGAGUACGCUCCUCAAAGCGAGGUGUUGGCGUUGGGGGCGACACUGUAUCGUAUUCUGACAAUGAAGCUGCCUUUUCCGAAAGAAAUAUUCACUCAAGAACAACCAGGUAUUUGUCUUCCUCGCUCGUUGAUAAUUUUGCCUGUUGAUGGCUGUUGAUAUACUACCUCUCUGGCGAACUCCAACGUGCAGUUGGAUCCGAUUAAUAGAGUAAUCUCCUUCUACAAACACAUACUGCUAUUAACGCCGGUACAAGAAGAGAAGAAUGAGAAUCCGCAUCUUUUGUGGAUGAUCUAUCUUCUACCAUUUUCUUCAUUUUUCGUGUAUGAUCGAUCCUCCUCAUUUCAUCACGAAUCAUUGAUUCAAGGGAACAACUACGUCGGGAGUGAGAAAACACAGCGCCUUUCCAUGAGGAUGUCAUCUUUUCUGGCUGAGAAGAAAUUUGACCAUCGGGAGCAGAUCAUACAUGAAUAUGGUCCUGUUGUCCACGACUUUCUUCGCCAGGCUUUAGCCGUUUACAAAUGGGAUAGUGUCGACGCGGAGAUGCGUGCCUAUAAUCGGUUCACGCGCGCGAACGUGUUGCAACUUUUACGGCUUCAUCUAGAAAAAUCAAAAUCUACUUCUAGUGCAUGAAUGAUAGAUAAGAUAACCAUAAUUAUCAAAAUGACUAUAAGAAAGCAUGCGUGAAAUCUAGACGUGAAGGAACUCGUUCGCUUUUUUAGAGGAACGAAAUAUACUGGAACCGUAAAAAUCAUACUAGAGAAAAUUUACAACAAGAACAGAAACAGCCGUAUUUGAACUUGAUUGUGAUAAAGACAGCGCUAAAGGUGAUAGAGCAUAGUUGGUUCGAUGAGGUGCGGCACACAGUAGGGGUUGAGGGAUACGCAAGGUGGCGAGAAUGGGAUCGAACAUCGCAUCAAUAUUAUUGGAGCUGCACCCACUGCCAGAGAGAUCAUGUAUGGCGCGACUCAUUGAGAACAAAGAUCAGGUGAUCAUGUCGUUCCUCAGGAAAACCAGGAAGGAAAAGGGGGGACGACAUAUCCAUAGUAUCGACAUUCCCAAUAAGUGGAAGCAUUCAGAUCAGGCGGUCGAUCCGUUUGCCUUCGAGUCUGAGGCUUCCAUCCCAGUACCAGCGAUCAACAGCAUAUUCUCAGGGGCAAAGGAAUUUGUUGGUGAGGAGACGACAACACCGAACCGUUUUGCGGCUACUGCAGGUGGACCAAUUCUCCAAACAGGAGGAAUCAAAGUACUAGAAUACAGGUUGCUUUUUAUGCGUACUCGAUCUUUUAUUUUCACCUCGGAAGUUGUAGCUUUUUUUAUCGACAUCGAUGAGAAAAAAUUCCAAUUAAUACUUCGCUUUUUUCUUGCGUUUCUGAUUGACCGUGUCUUCGUCAUCGUUGCAAAUGUACCAUGCAUACUUAUUUGAUUUGGCAUCCUAGAAGCAUGCCUUUAGUGUGAUUUUAAAUGUUCCCAGGGGUCAUCGACCAUGCUGGGCCGUCGAUCGUCCACGAGGAGCGGCCAGCAAAUGCCAGGAGCAGCGCCAGGAGCUGCUCCUGCUGUAUUGGGAAAUCAAAAUUUGAAGGCGGUCGCGAUGCAACUCGGUGGAUGUGGUCCUUCAGCGUCGAUUAACAAUGCCGCCGCUGUGGGUACUGGUGGGGCCUCCUGGGGAGCACCUCCUUCCAGCGCUACAGGAGUACUAGGUGGAGCGACCGUGAACUACAAUCACAUGAACAAUCGAAUAGGAUUAGCUGGUAGCGUUGCUCAUCCACCUGCCAUUGGUACAACAGCUCUGUAUCAACAACAUCCUCCGCCCGCUUGUCGUGCUGCAGCUACAACUAAUACCAAUGUUGCAGCUAAUUUCAAUUAUAUCUUAGCACAGAGCAUUAACGGCACGCCUAGUGCAGCGUUUAUCACAGGAGCCGCGCAGCAAGAUGUUUCUUCUUCGACGCAACUACAGCAACUAAACGCAUUGCGACAGCAGGCGACGCAUAUUAACAACAAUUCCAACAAGCAGUCGACUCAGCCCCAGAUUGGAGGCACACCAGGUUGUGAGGACUCUCAGAAAGCAGUCAUUUCAGUGCCUCCUCACCUUCUGCUUCAAUUGCUAACGGAGAUCGAGCGCCAACAAAAAAGUAGCGUGAUGAACAACCCCACUAGUCUAUCGGAUGAUCAAAAUGUCUUCGCCAGAGGAGCGUCAACAUCAUCGUCCUCACUAGGGAUGAUCCCUCUUCUAGCAGCCUCCGUUAACAAUGUAGGAGGUGUUGGCGUGGUCGAGCAGCAGGGGGCAUCAGCAAAGAACUACAACAAUUUUAAUCAAUCUUGUGGAGCUGCGCCAGGUGGAUCAGUCCCAUCGAGUUUAUCUCUCAGUGUAGCUCCGUGGUCACCUCAAUGCGAACAAAUCGCUCAUCAACAAGUGUUACCUCCUGGGGUUGGUACACCCACGGCGGGCCACCUAAACGAGCAGUGGAAGCACGCACCUGGCGCAGAAACCCCAGUUGGUCAGCAUCAGACGGCAACCCCCGCAACAUCUUCACAAUUCCACAACUAUAACAACUUUGAUAGUGCAGCUCCCACCACUGCAGCUCCUGCUCCUCCAGCAAUGGUGAAUGUUGCAACAACAACAUCUUUUUCAGGAGGACCGCCAGGGGUGCUGAGUGAUUUCCACGGAGGACAACGACAAAACAUCUCCUCAGGAAAUCCGACCACCGCACAGAAUCACCUGAUACCACUAACCCGAGUGCCCCCACCAGCGUCAGAUCCAGCGGGGACUUUCUUCUUGGCACAUCCAACACCACGUCAACAGGUAAGAACAAGCUUACGUUUUUCUUUGAUUGAUUCGAUUGCAAUUGAGAGACAAGCGAGCUGAACCUGCCUCGAUUCUUCCGCAUCAACCUGAUUGUCGUAAAUUAAGAUUGUGAAGAUUACUUGUUGUAUUUUUGCCUGUUUAUUAAGUAACAAGUGGCGUCUAUGAAAAUCAUGAAAAAGUAAGAUGAAAACUCCACAUGCUUGACUCGUCCUACGGUUCAGGAGCAUACUUACGAAUUUAAAUAGUACAUUUUUAUUUUUUCCGGUGAUAAUCUUCUUCAGGUCGUCAACAUGGGUUGUCGGGAAACGCAGCAUCACCAAGAGGGGAGGCAGCAUCCCUUUUUUUCGCCCAGUCGAGCGCGAUCUCGAGCCUCCUGCGAUUCUCUCGCUGUCAUGAAAGAUGAUGACGCGGCCGAAACGAUGGUAGAUGCAGAUCAGCACUUGAUACCACGAAGGAUUCCUACUCCUACUACCGCUGUUGGAAACUAUGCAUAUACGACAGCAGCUCCACCUAGUAGUCGGGUAGUGAAUGAUGGUCCUGCUGCUCCCCCUCAGGGCGAUCGUGGUCAGAUUCCUCAAUAUGAGCAACAAGCUUACCAAGCAGGACAAAAUAAUGACUAUUGGAGUGCACAAUUCGGCGCGAAGACAGCGAACAACGAAGGCCAUUGUAGCGGUAGAACAAGAUCCAAAACGGAUUCCACCUCUAGUGAUCUCCAGCGAGGUACAAGCGGAAAAGGGAGUAGGCACCAAGCGUCUACUUCCUCAUCGAAGUCGUCGCGACACUGUGCUGAAGCGUUCUGGCCGCAAGAAGAUCAUAGGUCUAGCGGCUCCGGGUCUCUCGCGGAACCUGCUGAAGCGUCUGCACUGCAGCCAAAGCGCGGAAGAAACAAACAAAUUAUGUUACCACACGAACUACAACUAGACCACAGAAAUGAACCGGCUUUUUUGACUUUGAGUUCCCUUUUAAAUGGACGAACUUGCACUAGAAUGAAAGAAUCUGCUGUUCUUGUAAAUGUGAUCGACAUAUAUUUUUAUGAUUUGAGUACUAUCUUAAGGAGUCAGAAGAUUUCCCUGAGCGAAGGACUUUUAGGCUGCAAAAAGGAUGUCGACUAUCGGCAUCACGGGCCAUAUUUUAUAAGAUUUCGUACGAGAGUCAACAUUAACUGAUGGUCGCAAAUCCUCAGGGCAACCAGUGCCAAACCUGCUUCCAGUUUUGUCUUCAUGAGUGCUCUUGUAUCUAUUUGCUUCUAAGAAAGAAAAAGCGCGCCAGCAACAGCAUAGACAGCCAGGAAAGGGAGGUGGAACGCGUGGGGGCCAGACCGGUGUGGGAAUGUUCCUGCCGAACGAAAUCGCAACACAGACAGGUGCAGUUGCACCGAAGCCCAGCCAGCAUCUUCAGAAAGUCGUGGGCCAUCAGGGUAGUAACGCUAAGCAUGCUACCGGCGGAUACUACAGCAACAACAAUGCUCGAUCAGCGUGGCGGGAAGGGAAUGAGAAAGGCCGACAUUUGACAUUCGAAUCAUAUUCGCAACUUUAUGUGGGCAUCCAGCAUUCGAAGAAGAAAACUAGAAAGUCGCCGAACGAGUCUGAUGGAUAUGCGAACUGGCAUCAGAUGAGUAGUGGCGAAUGUGAUAAGGAUCAAGAGCAACAUCACGCAAGUCCUGCCGGGCCGGGCAAUCAUGAUUCUAGUACGGGGAAGAACCGCGGUGCAAAAAACUUCAAUCCCAAAAUUAGGCAGGGCUGA